AUGGGCAACGCAUACACGAUUGAACUGCCUCGAAGAAUGCGUACGCAUCCAACGUUUUACGUUGGACGUCUCCGCACUUACUAUCAGCACGAGCCCGUUUCGAGAGGCAAAGAGCACCUCCACGGUCGAGAGCCGAGACCACCUUCGAGUGGUCCCGUUUCAACGAGCCAGUCUGUUCGACUUGCGAAGCGACCUGUUCACGCAGCUCAGCGAUGUCUUGACGAGCUGCAGCCAGCUCAUCACGAAGAGAACGAGUCGAACGUUCGUUCUCAAGUUGCGCGAACGCAAAAGCGGUACGAUAUUCCGAACGAUCGUGCGUAA